GGCGUCGUACAAUAAAAGCUCAAAAGCUCUCCAGCAACAUCUGGGAACCAGUCAAUAGAGAGCUUUCGUUGGGAAAAGAAGCAGGUACAGGAUGCGGUGGAUAGUUACGACAGUGGCCGUUAUAUUCAACUUAGGCAUCGUCUUUUCACUACCCCAAAGUCUCGUAGAAGAUGUUAAAGUUAACGAACUUAAACAAAGUAACAAAGUAAAGAGAGCUUUUAAUGGCGAAACCGCUUCAGAUGAUAACCAGAAAGUUUCAACGUUUUCCUCUGCUAUAAAACGAGGAGCUUCACAACUGUUUUCGGACUGGCAGCAAGACAAAAACAGGAACAAUAAUUAUCCUGACUUGCCGUCUGAUUCUGGCGACUAUUCUUCUCAAUUUGAUGAGAAACCCUCUUUGUCUGACAUUGACAAAAGCUAUCAGUACAACGUGGAAAGGGAGAAGCUGGACGAGGCUUUAGAAAACGCUAUAUUGAAGUCCGAAUUCUACAGAGAUUCCAGUCCACCUAAUCAGUAUCGAUACUACGAUGAACAAUUCGAUGAAAGACGUCGAAAGCGGAGGGACGCAAAAGUCAGGAUGGGAAACAGGAAUAAACGGAACAUCGAUCUGAGUCCAGAAGAGUGGCUAACUAUUCUCCAGAUUUGGGAAAACGACAGAAGACAUGCAUCACAAAAAGACAACUACCAUCCCAUUUGGUCAACGUAUGACGAAAAUCAGAAUAAGGAUCAUGACAAGGACGAAUAUGAUGUAGGAGACGAUGAUGAAAAUUGGCUGGAAGCACCGGUUUAUCCUCACAUUGGCCGAAUAGGAGAUAUCCCGAAAUCAAGUUCUAAUUUCGCUUAUGAAGACAAACGAGGACAAUGGGAUGAUUUUUCUGAGAACAAAAGGAAGAGAUACUUCCUAUCCGAAAGAAGAAAUGACCCCACAAGAGAAUUAAGAUACUUAAAUGGUCCUGCAAGGUCUAAAAAUGAAUUCUACACUCUCUCUCAACUUUUGGCAAGCCAGAGGGAACCAAAUCUUCCUAUUUAUCACAGACUAGUUUUGUAAAGUAAACGUGGCGUAUCUACAUCUAAUUACAACCACGCAUACUUAUCAUCGCUAAUUAAUAUAUAUAUUUUAAUGUAAUUGUCUAAUAAAAUUCGUAGAAAUAUCUAUAAUAUAACAUGAAUGUUACAUAAUUAAAUUUUACGUGUGUAUGUACAAUGUAAGCAUAAUCGAUGGUGUCGCAUUAUAACCCCUAAUAUUUGACGUUUUAAAUUAAGAAUCAAAUCAGUCAGUAUAAUAAGAUUACAAUUUUAUCUCGAACGUUGUAAGUGGAAAAAUAUUAAAAAAUGUUGAAUAA